AUGGCCAGCGAAUCACCCGGUCUGGAAGCUGAAGUCGCCGAGUCCUCAAAUACGAAGGGCCCUUCAGUACCGCCGCAGGGGACGCCGGCGAAGCGAGAUGCCUGUCUCCAUCCAGUCGCAGAACUCCUAGCCCCAAAACCCAAACACCCCAAACAAGAACGCGAUGCCUCCUCAACCGACCCCACCGCCGCAAAGGGCAAGAAGAGAGCAGCAGCCUGCGGUCCCCGCGACGGCCUAGGCGCCUACAUCGCCAACCCAGACGCCUACCCAGCCAACGUCGUCAUCACCCACAACGCCGACUUCGUCACCAUCCGCGACCUAUUCCCCAAAUCCACCCUCCACCUGCUCCUCCUCCCACGCGACGCCACAAAAACCCACCUCCACCCCUUCGACGCCCUCGCCGACCCGGCCUUCCUCGCAAAGGUAAAAGCAGAGACAUCCAGACUCCGCACCCUCGCCGCCGCCGAGCUCAGGCGCAAAUACGGCCGGUUCUCCGCCCAGGACAAGGCGCGCCAGGAUGCGCUGAGCGUGGACCCGCCGCCGGAUACACUGCCUCCUGGCAGAGACUGGGAGCGGGAGAUCAUGUGUGGGGUGCAUGCGUGUCCGUCUAUGAACCACUUGCAUGUUCAUGUGAUGUCGGUGGAUAGGUACAGUGAGCGGUUGAAACACCGUAAGCACUAUAAUAGCUUUUCGACGCCGUUUUUUGUGGGUCUGGAGGACUUUCCUCUGGCGGAGGAUGAUGUCCGCAGACAUCCUGCGCGGGAAGGGUUUCUGAAGUGGGAUUUUGUUUGUUGGCGCUGUGGGCGGGGGUUUGGGAAUCGCUUUGCGGCGCUUAAGGCGCAUUUGGAGGAGGAGUUUGAGGAGUGGAAGCGGUUGUAG